AUGAAAAAAUGCAUCAAUCUUGCGAUUCUAUGCUUCAUGCUUCUCACCUUAUUCAGCACCUUCAGCAGAGCAGAGGAAUUGGUUGUGCGAUGCUGUGACCGCGCCAACUACUGCUCAGCCUCAGAGAACAUCGAAGACUCUGACUGUGGAACAAACCCUGAUGGGACUUCCAUACCCUACAUAUGCGAGAGGAUACACCAAACUCCUCUAUGUCCGAACGAUGUCUUUUUCAAUCAGACUUGCAGAUAUGGCGCACCUGCAUGCGAGUUGCCUGUGGAAGAUGAUGAUGAAUAG